GGUAGACCCCGGCCCGCCACCGCCGAGCCGUUCCCCGAGUCGGCCGAGCAGGACACGGACCACAACGCCAGCUUCUCGGCCUCACCUGCUCCAGCCAGGAGGCCGACGGCGCGGCCCACCAGGCCCACGAGACCCACACGCCCGCCGCCGACGACCACGACGAGGCGCGUGACCGCGUCGCCCGCGACAACGGAGGUGCCCCGCCCGGCGGUGCCCUCUGCGGGUAUCCGGGCGCACCACCCCGGGCCGAGUUUCAACACCUUCCGGUCGUCUACCACGCCCCAGCCGGACGAGGAAGAGGAGUACGAGUACGAGGACGGCGAGCUCGAGGGUGACUUGGAAGGCGAGGAGGUGGACGAUGUCGACAGCGGUCACCCCUACGUCGAGUCCACGUCCUUCCGCUCGACGGCCAGCACCGCCCUGGACGACCACACGGCCCGCGCGGAUUACGGCGUGGUUGGCCCGACUCACGGCGCCCCUCCAGCGCAGUCCCACAAGGAGGGCUACGACGUGGUGGCCAUGAGUCCGCAGCACGCGCUCGUCCAGGACGACAACUUCAAGGGCUUCGUGGACAGCGCCUCCAUCGACGCGGACCCCGCCCACCGAGACGACAAGGUCGGGGGAGUGACGGUGAGCGUGUCCAAGAAGCAGGGGAAGAAGCCCGUCAAGGAGGCCGGCAAGGACUCCAAGGAGGCGGUCAAGGACGAGAUGGUGGUGUCCGUGGUGACGACCAAGAGUGUGACGCACGACACCGUGACCACGCUCCCCCCUAACCAUAAGGAAGAGCCGCACGGGCACGCUCAGAUCGGUGCACCGCCCAACACGGAGGAGCGCAGGACCGACGCGGAGCCCCCCAACGCCACCGAGAGCUGGGUCAUCGUGGCGUCGGUGCAGACGAGUCGUAGCGUCUCCGGGGCUCGCUUCAUCCCGCACAGCGCCGUCACUCAGGACGAGCACCCGCUGCAGUCGCUCCAGCAGCACACGGGUGAGGGCGAGACCACCACGUCGACGUCCUCGACCUCCUCCAGCUCCUCUAGCUCCUCCACAUCCUCGGCCAGCGCACCGCCGGCCAGCGCGCCCUCCUCGUCCGAGACCGGCGCGCCGAAGCAGCCCCCGAAGGGUAUCUCCACGGAGAGCAUCAUCGACAAGUUAGACCGAGUGCAAUCCGAGCUGUCCAGCGGAUUCCUUUCCGGGAGCUUCCGGGACUCGAAGAUCGCUGUUGACGUCCUACCUGACGUGAUGCCACCCUCCACCACCACUACCUCAGCGCCUGGGACCAGCUCUACGUCCACGUCUUCGACCACCUCCACCACCACCACCACAACCACCACAACAACCACGACAUCGACGACGGAGCCACCUACCACGACGCCCCCAGCCACAACAACUCCUCCGAAACUGCCCACCGUGCCCGUGGUCAUUAAGAAGUUCAACCCGUCCAACCGCCGGGCCACCACGCCCCGGCCGCACCCCGCGCUCACCUCCCUCAAGCCGUACGGCAAUAACGUGCCGACCACCACGGCCAAACCCAAGAACAAGAAUCUCGAGUCGAUCUUUGACACAAUCAAGUUUGACGACCUGAGCGCCAGCCUGCUGCCCGCCGGGUUCAAACCGCGCAAUGCGAAGCCCAGGACGACGACAACGACCACCACCACCACACCUGGGCCCAAGACAAACAAACCCUUCCGGUUCGAGGACCUGCUCCCCCCGGGCUACAAGCUCACCAACGACACCGAAUCGGAGCAGAUCCCGCCCUCGGCCACAACAUCGACGAGCACCGCCCCGUCCACCGAGCGGGCCAAGAGCCUCGAGGCGUUGCUCGGCCAGAUCAAGUUCGAGGACGUGAGUGCGCUGUUGCCCAAGGGCUACAAGCCGCCGCCGAGCACGACAACGAGUGAGGCGCCUCCGACCACAACCAGCACCACGGCAGCGUCGACCAGCAAGCCCGCCGUCAAGGCCGUUGGUCUGGAGGCCCUCCUCAGCAAGAUCAAGUUCGAGGACGCGAGUGCCCUGCUGCCAAAGGGCUACAGGCCGCCAGUCACCACUACCCAGGAGCCGACAACGGCGUCGGCCUCUUCUGCCGGUACCUCCACCACCUCGGCCACUGUCAAGAAGUCGUCCGGGCUGGAGGCGAUCCUCAGUAAAGUCAAGUUCGAGGAUCCGUCCGCCCUUCUCCCUAAGGGCUACAAGCCGGCACUUGGUACCACCACAGUCGCCCCUCAGGAGACGACCGAGAAGAAGCUGGCCAUCACCAAGGAGGUGGACAUCAGUGCGUUCCUCCCGCCGGGAUUCAAGCUCAGUACCGGGGCGCCCAGCUCCACCGAGAAGACCCAGUCGCCCUCCUCUGCUCUCGAGGCCAUCCUCUCGAAAGUCAAUGUGGCCCACGUCUCGAGCAGUCUCCUGCCGGCGGGCUUCAACGCCACGACUUCCGGGGACGGCGACCCCUCAACGACAGCCUCGCCGUCAGAUGCGUCUCCCUCUUCGGCGCCCAAGCUGGUAUUCCCUAGUCGCCCUGGAUCGGGGACUCGCAAGCCCCUCAUCAAGACGACGUCGCCUAAGCCAGCCGCCACUCCGGCUACGCCCACCAUCAGGAAGGGCGCGCCGACCAGGGCAACCACCGUCUUUACUGGUUGGCCAACCCCUUCCACGACCCCGGUGUCGCCUGAGGUUCUACUCGAAAGGGCCAGGCAACUGGCUGCCAACGCUACCACGUCAACCACUACCACGACCACCACGACGACAACCACGACCACCACAACAACCCCUCGACCAACCACUCCUGGUCUUUGUAUGGAAUCAUGUGAUUUGGCAGCCACUAUCAAGCUUGUGGGUGGGGCUAAAUGGGUGCCUGAGCUCUUGGACCACAAUACAAAGGAAUGGCAAGAUCUUGCUAAUGAUGUCUAUGAUGAGCUGGACGCUGUCUACAGCAACUCUGAACUAAGUCGCUGGUAUAAAAAGAUCCGUAUUGAAGCAUUCAGUGAGGGCAGUAUUUUGGUUGACUAUUUCGUUGAGUUGACUGACAUUGGUGAUGAAGUGGAUACUCGUGAAAUUAAACAGCUUUUCCAUGAGGCAUUGCAAGGACAAUUGCCGUCAGUCAACAGCAGCAACUUGUCACUCGCUGAAGAAGCCGAUAGUGACUGGGAUGAUGGCUCAGAUGUGACUCCUGCUGCUGCCACUGACCGAAAGUCAGCUUUCAAGAAGCUUGGAAACUUUAUAUUAGACCCUACCUAUACGGAUUUCAUUGUUGUUCCUCCACAAAUUAUACCAACUGUAGGCUAUGCAGAUGAUGACGUUUUCUUGCCACAGUGGGCAAUUGCUGGCAUUGUCAUUGGCUUAGCAUCAUUACUUUUUGUGAUUAUAUUUGGUGUCACUGUGCUUGUGAAUCGCCACAAAAAUUCAAAGAAACAACCAACUCCUCUCACGGAGGACAUGCUUAAUGAGUUAAAUAAAAAUCACAUGGGCGGAUUAGAAAAUUAUGGUGCUGAUGACCUGUACAAUAUGGAGGACGUUUGGAAUGACCGAUCAUACGACAAGCCUCCUAAAAAACGUUCAUCUGGUUCCAUUCAAGAGAAUUCUAUGUCCAAUUUGUAUGAUAGUUGGCGGUCCGAAUGGAAUGGCUAUUACUACAAUGCAUAUUACGGCAACAAUGGUUCUACUCAUUCUGGUUAUUCUCGAAGAAGAUCUGAUUAUGACACCAAUUUCUGAGAUUACGCCUGAGCUCAUUGUCAGUAACAAACUACAGUAUGUACUGAUGGUGGGCUCACCAUGACUGAAAUGUGAUUCUUGACUCAUAAACAUUCCACGAGUGGUGAAGACAGACUCCUUCACCCAACCAGCCAAAAGACCAACUCUUCAAGUUAAGAACUACUAUUUUCCAUAUAAAAUUAAUUAGGUACUGCACUGUAUUUCUUUUACAACCCUUCAAAAUUAUAACUGAUAAAAUGAGAGAUUAGAGCUAUGCUGAUUCCAAAUUGUAGCAGAUACCAAUUUGAUAUGGUUCCUGUUUCUAGUUUCAUAAUCUAUUGAACUGAAUGUAUGAUAAGAAAAAUGAAAGUAUUUAUGGACCAGAUUCAAUCUAUUUUUGUUUUUAAUUCUUUUUUGGUUUUGAAGUUAGGAAGUGUUUACAGUGGUACAAGUUUUUACCAUUUUACUUAUAAUGAGAGGGGAGCCAAUGAACUUUUUGUAGCAGUUGAAAACCAUAAGCCUUGGCAAAGUGAUUAUAAUGUUAAGUUACUGUUUCUUUUAUUUUAAUUUUGUUGUUGUUAUUUCCUGUGCAUUUCUGUGGUUUGCUCAAACAAUUUAUUGAAUGCCAUAAUGUUUAAGAAAUAAGAGAAAACGGAGGUCUGUGUACCAUGAUUAGAACUUCAGAGCGACAAUGUGAGCCUCUGAGACUCAAAGUUGAAUGUACAUACGACUCUACACUACUUGUCCUCGGAAAUAUGUCAGAGGGGAUCUAAUGGUAACUAUUUGUGAUUGGUUUUGUAAAAUACUGUUUUCUGAUGGUGCAUUUGCAUUUAUAUAUAUAUAUCUUAUACUACUCUGUCAUUAAUUAUCAACUUGUGAGGCCAGCAUUCCUUAAUUGCACUAGUUUAAAUGAAACAUACCAUAAUUUGGGCCUGUUGUAUGUACUCUAGUCAAACAGCCAACUAUGGAUAACUUUUGAGCCUUGAAUCUUUGUAAGUUCAAAGAAUUAAUUUUGAGCUUUUAUCAUUGAAUUUGGUAUAUGACCAACAGGUUGCAAAUGUGACUUUCAGACAUAUAGAUACUUACUUUCCCUUACUAUUAUAAAUUUAUAAAUGUUGUUCCAUAUGAUAUUUCACAGGGUAAAUUUGACAGAUUUUCUGUUGAUAACAUUAAUAUUUACAAAUUUUAAAAUGUUUUGAGUCCUUAAUCUGAAAUUACUAGAGUUUCCUGUAUGUUUCUCUAUCUCCAAUUAUGGCUUUUUAUUUCUUCAUAGUACUGAUAUUUGGAAGAAGAUAUUAAAUGAGCUAGAGUUGACGUAACUACUUUUUCUACAAAACUAUUAUAGAUCAGAAAUGGGUCUUUUAUUUCCAAACUGGCCAAUCUGUCACAGAGAUGAAUUCGUCUCGAGACCUGGACCUGAAUAUUCAUAUUUCAUACCUACUUUCUUCAUUAUAAGUUAGAUCUGCCUAGCAUAUUUUAUUCUUUUUGGUGCAAUUUGCAAAAUUAAAUAUUUGUCCUGUAAUUUUCUUAAAGACAGCAAAAUACUACUCUUUGACGACUAUAAAAUAUUAUCUUACUGUCACAAAGUCUAUGUAAAGUUAAGUGAUAAAUAUAUUUUUAACAACUGAAAA